UGUCCAGCUUUUGCAUGCAUAUGAGACAAUCGAAAAUACCAUGGCUCGGGUCAGGGGCACCUUAGGGACUGCACAAGUUCCACUUUAGUAGAUAGUGUUAAACCAUUCCAUACAACAAUAAAUGAGAGUCCUACGUGCUUGGCAUGCUCACUGCCACUUGGUGCUUUCUGUCUUUUUUAUUUUAUUUAUUCUGAUGGAUGUAUAGUGGCAUCUCAUCGUGGUUUGGUUUGUAUUUCUCUGAUGACUAAAGAAGUUGAGCGCUUAAGUCCAGUUUUAUUUCAUUGUUGGCCUGAGGUUUGUAGGACCCAAAUAACAGUGUAGACUCAGUCCCUAUACCCAAGUGAGGAUCAGCCAAAGAACAUGAAUACUCAUAAAAGGAUUUUUAUUAUAGUUCUUUGCAGGAACAAAGCUGAAGCAGAGAACUUGUCGACUUUUCUCUGCUAUCUGCCACCAUAGUGAAUGAAAUUUGAAAAAAGAGAUUGUUGCAAAAUAAUGGUAAUGAGGUUAUGUACCUUUUAAACAGCUAAACUAUUUCAGUUCAUCGUUCACUACAGAAACAAAGGCAUUUUAUAAAGAGAGGUCCAUCUCUGUGGAGCUAAGACCUUAUAUGUUCAUGUUUGCACCGAUCUCUGAAGUUAAUGAAGAAUAACAAACCGAAGAUGACACUCUGUGGAGCCUGAGGGACAACCCCGUGGAUUCUUGAGGGUUCUUGGUCAACCAGUGUUCUGUGGUAAUGAGCACAUGGCCUUCUGCCCAUUAAACUCGGCUGGCUACAUUAGCUAACUGCUAGGAGCCUGGAUACUGACUUCUGAGCAUUGAUAGCUGUGUGAACAUUGAUCUACAUCAAACCCUUUACAGGCACUUGUGAAUUAAUCAGAAAUUUUGAAAGUAAAGAAAAACUGAUAAAAAUCUUAGCAAAAGAGCAUUUUAUGUUGACAACCAGCUACAAUGAGGUAAGAUUUACUUUUCCACUUACUUUCUAAGAACUGACAUAAUUGCCACUUUAAAAGAAAAAAAAAAUGAACAGCACAUGUAUUGAAGGACAGCACGACCUGGACCACUAUCUGUUUCCAAUUGUUUACAUCUUUGUCGUUAUAAUCAGCAUUCCGACCAAUAUUGGAUCUCUGUGUGUGUCUUUUCUGCAAGCAAAGAAGGACAAUGAACUAGGAAUUUACCUUUUCAGUUUAUCACUCUCAGAUUUGCUGUAUUCAUUAACUCUCCCUCUCUGGAUUAAUUAUACUUGGAACAAUGACAACUGGACUUUCUCAGCUGCUUUGUGCAAAGUGACUGCUUUCUUGAUGUACAUGAACUUCUACAGCAGCACAGCUUUCCUCACCUGCAUCACUCUCGAUCGAUACUUAGCCGUUGUCUACCCACUGAAGUUUUCUUAUCUAAGGACAAGAAGGUUUGCAUUCAUGGUCAGCCUCUCCAUUUGGGUAUUGGAAACAAUCUUCAACGCAGUCAUGCUGUGGGAAGAUGAAAUCGCUGUUGAGUAUUGUGAUGCCGAAAAGUCUAAUUUUACUUUAUGCUACGACAAAUACCCUUUGGAGAAAUGGCAAAUUCGUCUCAACUUGUUUAGGACGUGCACUGGCUACGCGAUCCCUUUGGUCAUCAUCAUGUUUUGCAACCAGAAAGUCUGCAGAGCUGUGCGGCACAACCGAGCCACCGAAGACGGCGAGAAGAAGAGAAUCAUAAAGCUACUGGCUAGUAUCACCCUGACGUUUGUCUUGUGCUUCACUCCCUUCCAUGUGAUGCUGCUGGUUCGCAGCGUUUUAGAGCAUGAUGCGAGCUUUAACGGUCUAUUUGACGGCCAGUCUUGGAAGCAGACUUAUAAAAUAUAUAGAAUCACGGUCGCGUUAACAAGUUUCAAUUGCAUCGCUGAUCCAAUUCUGUACUGUUUUGUAACUGAAACAGGGAGGUCUGAUAUAUGGAAUGUAUUAAAAUUCUGGACUGGCAAACUUAAUAAAUCAGAAAGACAAAGAAAGAGUGUACUUUCCAUGUCUACAAAAGACACGGUGGAUUUAGAAGUCUUGGAAUAGACCAAAAAGAUUUAUUUUGGCCUUGGUUCUGAGGCACAC